AGUACAAAAUGAAAGUUAAAAGCAAUGAAGCAGGAAAACCUUUGGUAUAGGAGGGGUGGGGAGAGAGGGAGAAGAAUGAUUCAUCUCUCCUUCCUCUCCUUUUGCUAAGUAACAGCUUUUUGAAAGACUUGGAAGGUUGGAAGAUUUAGCAUAAGGUCAAGAUACUAAUGCUACGAAGAAAAUGAGAAAGAAAGGAAGUUGGUUGUCGGUGAUUAAGAGGGUAUUCAUACCCAAUUCUAAAGAGAAGUUACAUAAUGAAGGAUCAGAGAAGUUGAAAAGUGGAAAGGAAAAGAAGAAGUGGGGAUAUAUAGGGAGAUUAAUAAGCCAUGGAGAGAACAAUUCAUUCAUUACAACCCUCAAUAGAGAGCCGAGUAGCAUUGAGAAUAUACUCCGAGAUGUUGAAAGGGAUGAGCUACAGAUGCCUAAGAAAUACUCUCAUCAGUUGUUGUCGGGGGAGCAACGUAUUCCACCGAGGAGUACAACAACAGCACAACCACCGGUGCCCUCUGCAAUUGUUAAUCACCAUAAAGAAGUUUUCCGUGGCUCAAUAAUCAGUACUGAAAAGUAUCACCAAGGUAUCAUCAAGAUUCAAGCAGCCUUUAGAGGUUAUAUGGCUAGGAGGAGCUUCAGGGCAUUGAAAGGGCUAGUGAGACUUCAGGGAGUAAUGAGAGGGCAGAGUGUGAAAAGGCAAACCAUGAACGCCAUGAAACGCAUGCAACUCCUUGUGAGAGUUCAAACGCAGAUACAAACUAGAAGGAUACAAAUGUUGGACAACCGGGCUCUGCAACGCCAGAAUCUGCACAAGAUUGAUGAGAGCUGGAAAGAAGCUUUGGGCAAGUGGAUCACCACCGAACCAUCUGAGACGGGACAUCAAGAAGAAUGGGAUGAUAGUAUUCUUGCAAAAGAGGAAAUAGAAGCAAGAUUGCAGAGAAAGCUGGAGGCUAUAAUAAAGCGAGAGAAAGCUCUAGCCUAUGCAUAUUCGCAGCAGCUGUGGAGGACUACUCCAAAAUCAGCUCAGGCAGCCCUAAUGGAGAUCCGGUCUGGAGGACUCCCCUGGUUGUGGAACUGGGUAGAAAGAGAACUUCCAGUAUAUCCUUCUGAAAUCCAUUCAGCUAUGCAUACAAGAGCAGAUCUUACAAGUAACAAUACAAUUAAUACACCAAGAUCUUCAAAAUCGACUAUUAUUCCUUUUAAUACGAAGCAUGCACCAAGAACAACAACAACAACAACAAUGCAUACAAAUAGCUCAACACCAAUGAGACAUGUAAAAGCAGGGACAGGUACUGCUGCAUUGCCACUUGAUGUGCCUUUGAGGGACGACGAAAGCCUUAUGAGUUGCCCACCAUUUUCGGUUCCAAAUUACAUGGUACCAACCAUUUCUGCAAAAGCAAAGGUGAGAGAUCAUAGCAACCCCAAGGAGAGGGAAACAGCAGGCUCAAGUCAUGAUCGAAGAAGGCGUUUUUCAUUUCCUCUAACUCAAAGUAUUGGGUCACUAAGAUGGAAUAAAGGGUCUUUGUUCUCAAGCAAAGACUCUAGCUCUCAGAGGAUGUUUGGGAAGCAAGAUACUUUGCAUUCCAUAAGUAAUUUCAGUAUUGAUUCCACUGUUUCUUUGCCAGUUGGAGUUGGAAGGAAGCCAUUCAAAAGAUUUGUGUGAUUAUUUAUGGUUUUCUCUUUACUUUUACUUCC